CCACGCAUAUAUAUAUAAACAUGUACAUUUACAACAGCAGAUAUUUCAGGAAAACACAACGUGCAUAAUCACAUCGCAGAUUAUUGUUCAUUGGACGCUGGAAAAACUUCAAAAUGAUACAAUAUCGUCUUCAAAUCGCAGCCAUCAUAUCUUGGAUGUUUUCUUUGACUUCGAUAGCUGUAAUAAUAUAUUGGUUGGUGCAUUUUCAUGAUGGAUAUAAAUUUGGGGAAUGGAAUCACGACCAACGGGUCUUCAAUUAUCAUCCUUUGUUUAUGAUGAUAGGGUUUAUUUUUCUCGCUCCAACAGGUUCCGCAGUAUACCGUUUAUCUCCAGGUUUUAUCAGUAAAUUUUGGCAGAAGAUUAUCCACUUCUUAAUUCAAUUAACAGCAUUGUUAUUUGCGAGUCUUGGUUUAGCCGCAGUUUUAAAGUACCAUAGUGAUUUCGGCUACAGUAAUUUUGUCGACAUACAUAGCUGGUGUGGUUUGGUCACAUUUGGCUUGUUUACUUUGCAGCUGGUUGGUGGAUUCUUGAGUUUUCUCUUCCCCAGGCUCCCUGAUGGUUUACGAGCAAAAGUCGCAAAAUGGCACGCAAUAUCUGGAAAAAUAAUCGUCCUACUGGCGAUACUUACGGCAAUUAAUGGCAUCGCAAGAUUUUACCACAGGACAGGUCAGCUCACACGAGAAGCAAAAAUUGUCAACACUCUAGUUAUGAUCUUGUAUGUUCUAUUUGGUGUGGUAUACUAUAUGCUUGCAGAAAGUCGUAACCAGCAGUCGAACAGCUUUGAACGUUUUUGAUAUCGAAAAUUUAGAUAAUAGAAACUCCAUAUAAUUGAGCUACGGGCAUAGGAAGAGCCACUACUUAAAUUCUAAAAUGCGUGAUUUGCAUCCUUUGGCUUUAAACUCUAGCACAAAAUUAUUCAUUGUGUCUCUUAAUAAAUGUUAGAACCAUUACAGACCCAAGACCAUAAUCAAGACGAUUAUUCAGUGUGAUGAAGAGUGUUUAUAGUCAAACGUCUAAACCAAGCUUACCAUGCCCCCCGCACCAGUGGCGUAGCCAGCAUUGAUAAUUGGGGUGACCCAUAUUCAUAUAUAUUCAUGUUAACAGGCU